AUGUCUGGGCUUGACACAUACAAGACUCCCCUCGAUGGCAGAUAUGCCAGUGAGGAGGCCAAGAAGCUGUUCUCCCAACGCAACCGUCAUUCCACUUGGAGACAGCUCUGGCUUUGGCUGGCUGAGAGCGAGAAGGAGCUUGGCAUUAAUGGAAUCUCUGAGGAGGCCUUGGAGCAAAUGAGAGCUCACUUGACAUUAACCGAUGAGGAUUUCAAGGUGGCUGCCGUUGAGGAGAAGAGACGUCGUCAUGACGUGAUGGCUCACGUCCACGCUUUCGGCCAAGUUGCGCCUGCUGCAGCCGGCAUCAUUCAUCUCGGGGCAACGAGCUGUUUCGUCACUGAUAAUGCAGAGCUGAUUCUGAUGAGAGAUGCGAUGGAUCUUCUCUUGCCCAAGCUUGCCAAGGUUAUUCACAACCUCUCGCAGUUCGCACUUCAGCACAAGGAGCUCAUUACCGUUGGCCGCCGCGCCGCACAAUGGAUCCAGGACUUAUGCAUGGACUUGAAGAACAUCGAGACUGCACGCCAGCGUUUGGCGUUCCGCGGUGCGAUGGGAACCACUGGAACGCAGGCUUCCUUCAUGGAAAUCUUCCAGGGCGACGGCGCCAAGAUCGACAAGCUCAACGACCUCCUCUGCGAGAAGGCCGGCUUCCCCAAGACCUACGAUAUCUCAACCCAGACAUACACGCGCAAGACCGAUCUCGACGUCAGCAACGCUAUUUGUGGCUUGGGCGCAACCGCCAUGCACAUUACCAAUGAUAUCCGUCACCUCGCGCAUUCCAAGGAGAUGGAAGAGCCCUUUGAGAAGGAUCAAAUCGGUUCUUCGGCGAUGGCGUACAAGAGAAACCCUAUGCGCAGCGAGCGUAUCUGCUCUCUCGGACGCAAGCUGCGCUCUUUGCCAGCCAACUUUGCGGAUACGUACGCGGACCAGUGGUUUGAGAGAACGCUCGACGAUUCUGCUAUUCGCAGAAUAGAUAUCCCCGAGAUGUUCCUCUUGGCAGAUGCGAUUCUUCUUGGACUUGACAACGUCACGUCCGGCCUGGUCAUUUACCCCGAGGUCAUCCGCGCCCACGUGAUGGAAGAGCUCCCCUUCAUGGCAACGGAGAACAUCAUCAUGAAGAUCGUCGCCAAGGGCGGUUCGCGCCAGGAAGCCCACGAGGAGAUCCGCGUCCUGUCCCACCAGGCGGCCGACGUCGUCAAGAAGCAGGGUGGCAAGAACGACCUCAUCGAGCGCAUCAAGGCCACGGAGUACUUCAAACCCGUCUGGGACUCCAUCGACCAGCUGCUGGACCCGAACCUGUUCACGGGCCGCUCCGCGACAAUGGUUGAGCGCUACUGCGGCGAGGGCGGUCCCGUCCAGGAGCAGAUCAAGCCCUACGCCGAGUACAUCAAGAACACUGGUGCCGCUGAGCUGAACGUCUAA